CAAGUGCCUAACAAACUACUAUGAAGGUCUGGCUGCUCUGGUGAGGAGUGACAUUUAGUUCUUUGGAGCAGACGGUCUUCAGCGCUGCUGACUCAUUGGCUGGGCUUAGUUGCUAUGGCAACCGCCAGCUUUCUAAGAUCCACGGUGAGAUAUGAGGCACGGAUGGAAAGAGUCCAUGUGUUCGGAAAGGAUCAAGAAGCAAGAUGUGUUAGGACGGAUACACUACGGAAACAAUACAGCUGGAAAAAUGGAAGCUCAAUAUCUGCGUUGUUGAUUUAUUUUAUAGCUCCACAGACAUACCACCCUGUUACUGCAAGCAAAUACAAAGGUCUACUGUAUCUUUAUUGAUCCAACAAGGCAAAGAGAUCAUCUGACCCCUUAAAUUGAUUUUCACUGUUUAUUUUUGGCGACUCUACCACUUCCUCAAAAGGCCAUGGACGCCAGCUCAAUACCUCAGAUUAAUAUAGAGGACUGUGAUGGUCUGGAGGUUGCCCCAGAUGACCAUUUGAGAAACCUGAAAGCGCUGACUGAGAAGCUCAGGCUCGAGACCAGAAGGCCGUCCUAUCUUGAGUGGAAGGAACGAGUGGAAGCUCAAAGCUCCAAAGGCUUAGCCUUGUCAGAGGGCUCAUCAGAGCUGGAGAAAGCUGCUGGACUCAAGCCUGACGUCACACCAAAGAACUCACAAGUGACUGCAGGAAACACCCUGAUUUCUAGAAGCCUUGGAGGAUUUGAUAAUAUCGAUGAAGCUCUGGUUUGGCUCAGAAAAGAACUGAUGGAGAUGCGCAUCCAGGACCAGCAGUUGGCCCGCCAGCUUAUGCGACUCCGCGGUGACAUUAACAAGCUCAAAGUGGAGCAGACGUGUCACCUGCAUCGCCGGAUGCUCAACGACGCCACCUUUGGCCUGGAGGAGCGUGACGAGCUGUCGGAUCUUCUGUGUGAUGGACCCGUCACUCCAGGGUUCGGACUCUCUUCACCACUGCGCCUCAUUGGAGUCACCAAGAUGAACAUCAACUCCAGACGCUUUUCCCUUUGCUAGCCAUUUAGCGCAUGACCCAGCUGCAAAAGGAAAGAAUCAAUGACUCAAAAGGUGAAUGAAAUUAGACAACUGUUUCGGGAACCCGAGAGAACUGUUGUCACAGAACAUCCUGUGCCUCUUGCUCUGUGUUCUUGUGCCAGUGAAACCUUUUCAGUUAAUCAAAUGAACAACAGACAGUGACGUCUAAAAAAAAUGUCUGAUCCACUAGCCACGGCUCUAUGCCUUAGAUACAGUCCUUGUUGUGUGUUUAUGGGAUAUCAAAUGAUGUUGCUCACCACACACAUGCUCUGUUUCUAAACUAUCGAAUGUGUAAUGACUGUUUCAAAAUAGAAAUCUUAAUUAUAGUGCCUAAAAAGACAAAAAGACUUGCCAAAUUCACGUUGAAAGCAAUCCCAUGAUGCACUGCAAUACGCUCGGUCAAGACUGCGGACGAGGCAUUAAAAAUGUUGAUUAUUAAUAAACAUACAUAUCAUGUAAUUUUAAUUUAAUGGUACUUUAUAUUAACCUCAUAUUCUGUGAAUUUUAAUCAGCAUUUUAAUCAGAUAAUUAUGUGAUAAUUUUCACCAAAUAAACAUGCUAUACAGUGUAUAUAUAUAUAUAUAUAUAUAUAUAUAUAUAUGUAUGCACCAUCGAGUAAAAACUUUGAAGCUUCUUUAAUCUAUUAGUUACUGUUAAAAAUCAAUUGCCCAUCACUUCUGGAACCAGAAUGUUGCACUCUGUUAAAAAAAAAAAUUAAUAAAAUUUC